AUGGGUCCGUUCCGCAACAAGAGACUAUUCCUCCCCUUGCUCCUCUCCAUCAAGCAUGCCGCUUCAGUCUCUCUUUCGCAGUUUCAGCAAAUCGCAGGUUUCUCGGACUCAUGUAUGGCGGUCUGGACUGAGACAAUUCCCGGGUGUACGACGAGGGAUUUCGGCAAACACCGAACGUGUUCUGCAGUUUGCGUUGCUGGAUUGGAUAUCAUCAGUGAAGAGGUGAAGCGGGCAUGUCAUGACGCCCAUGUCGACAGUGAUACGUUGCUGGGACAAUUCCUCCAAGGAUCGGGUGUCUCGAUCCUCUGCCCCAAUGUCGAUGAGGCUUCGACAACGACAGAAACCACGUUCAUAGAGAGCACCUCUCAGACACAACCCUUCUCCGCCGAGCCAGCAUCUACCAAUUCUCAACCAGCGAGUCAGACCGCCGAAACAACAACUACUACUACGUCGACCACGCAGACAACAUCACAGGAACAAACUUCUACUGCCUCUCCGCAACCUACCGCUGCUGCGACUUCGAUAUCCGCAACAAGCACAAGCACCUCCUCGUCAGUCACGUCUACGACACCAUCGCCGUCGACGCUUGAGAUUUCGAUUGGUGCCACAACGGGUACAAUCACGACGACCAACACUGAGCAGAGUCGAGCUUCAAGGACGACGUCGUCUGCGGCCAGCAGUACCACUAAUAUCGAGGCGAAAGGAUUUGGAGGAGUGGGAGAUGCAUUCAAUAUACUGGGGAACGACGCAUCUCAGUCAAAACAGCUGUCUCAACUGAUCGUCGGAGGAGGCGGCGCUGAUAGGACGAUCGGGGUUUCUGGGCGGUGUUCCUUGUGGGGAAGGACGAAUCACCGCCCGCUCGCCUUAUCGCGGAUACCGCUCCCGCUGGGCUUUCCGGUUUGGGCGGUCUCGGGUGUGACUCCCUCGCCCUCGAGCCCCCAACGCCUGCAGCCUUCAGGCGGACAACAAUCAUCUUCGUCUUCGUCUUCGUCUUCGUCCUCUCUUGCAGCCUCUUGUCCUCCGUUGCCGGUUCUUCCAGUUCAACUGUCCACAACUUCCACUCGAUGUGCACCCUGGAUUACUGUUGCUCCAUCCUUAUCAGUGACAGUAACGCGUGACUACAUUCCGAUCCAAGGUGCCAUCGCGCGGCACUCAUCUGUUCUGACUCUUGUCGUCCUUCCCUUCACUGCCGUUCGGUCUUAUCUACCGCAAUUCGCAACCCUCACCGCUGGGUAUCAGAAGUCUAUUUAUGCAGAGAGGAUAAUGUCACGGUUAUUACAGAUCCUCGACGGACCCUCACUUCCGAAGCACUGUGAACCGGCAUCGGAAUUCCUGACUGUGAUCUCGUCGAGGCUUCAUACGUGCGUUCCGACCGCUCUGGGCUUGGUCUCGACGAUCCUUGGUUGUCUCAGCAUCUUAUCAUGGCUGUUCGCCCAGCUUCCUCAGAUCUACAAGAAUUACAAGUUGCAAUCGACCGCGGGCUUGUCGGUGUUCUUCUUGGUGGAGUGGUGUCUGGGGGACACGGCGAACUUGUUGGGAGCGAUAUUCACCCGGCAGGCCGGCUGGCAGGUGAUAAUUGCUUCUUACUACGUAUUUGUUGAUGUUGUGCUCGUGAUCCAGUAUUUCUGGUACACGUACGUCAGAGGGCAGGGGAAAGGGAAAAUCGGUCUUGACAGCAUCGAUUAUCGGGGUGGCCACGGGGACAUCUUUGAAGGCAUCGCGCCCUCCGAAGAUGGCACCAUCCGAAGCGCUUCUCCAGAGCGUACCUGGCCUUCUGAACCGAAAACCGUAGGUUUGUCCAAGAGCAACACCACCGAUUCUCCGCAGUUCUACUCUCCGUCCUACUCCAACGAGAAGUCAAGUUUUCGCCGUUCUACGUCCCGCACGGCAAGCGGAAGCCUGCCAACAGUUUCGCCAAAGUCAAUACUUCUUACAUCAAUGCUCUGCGCCAUGUUGGCCAAUGCAUCCCCUACAGGCUCACAUUCAGGCCCCCAGCUGCUGGAAGAUUCUCACGAAUCGGCUACUGAGAUGGUCGGCCGCAUCCUAUCCUGGAUAUCCACCACUCUGUACCUGGGUUCGCGGCUCCCUCAACUCUACAAGAAUUACCGCCGGAAGAGUACUUCGGGGCUAUCCCCAUUGCUGUUCAUGGCCGCAUUCGGAGGGAACUUUUUCUAUUCGGCAUCGUUGCUCACGAAUCCAAACGCUUGGUAUGAUUUUCCACCCUAUGGUGGCGGAGGCUGGGCCGACGCGGGUGGAAAUAACCGUUUGGAAUGGGUGGGACUCGCUAUUCCUUUCUUCCUGGGAGCUGCUGGGGUUCUCAGUUUGGAUGCCUUGAUGGGUGUCCAGUUCUUGAUAUACGGCGAGAGGGGUGCAGAGCCCGUGGUCAGAGUGAACGACCCACGAGGCGGCCGCAGCCGGUGGAGGAGAGUCAGCGGAUGGAUGAGAGGUUGGAUUCCCUCGGGAGAUAAAGAGCCCGCUGCUCCGGACGAAGCUCGAGCACUGCUCGCGGGCGUUCAUGAUAGAUACGGCGCGGUUUAG